CCGCCACGUUCCCGUCACGCUCUGGAAUCAGUCAAGAUCACAGUGUGCUAAUCUACCGCCACCACUUUGCACAUCUGAAGGAUUUGCGGCACAAGGCCAGACAGAGACCCUCAGGUCAAGUUUUCAUGGCUUUGGCAUCGAUCCCUGCUUGUUCUUCUAUUUCUACUUCUUCAUAUUCAUCCUUGCUCUGCUUGAGGUCCACGCCAUGUGGUAAUUCACGCCCCCAGUCCCUGGCGUCCAUUAACUGUUGCCUUUCCAUCUAUUCGGGAUUCGUAGAGUGGGUCUUCUUCUUCUUCUUCUUCUUCUUCUUCUUCUUCUACUACUUGGGCUUACAUGCUUACAUUCUAGCUUUGUUGCAAUUUGAUCUCAGCUAUGGCGGAUGGUGAGCUCCAGCCCGCAUUAUUACUACCGUAGCCGAAGGUGGUUCCAGUUUCGUGGUGAGAUUUGGGCUCUGUUUUCCUCUCAUUAGUUUGUGAAGGUAUUUUUCUUAUCUGAGCCGUGAAAAGCGGAACAAUGGAGGACCCAAUUCCAGACCCCGAAGCUCUUUAUGUUGAAGGCAAAUUAUCUCAUGAUGUAGAGGCAGAGGCUAAUGUAGAGCAGAUUCAAUCAGCAAAAGAGAAUGGUGCCCCUCGACAGUUAGUGCGGACUCGUUCGCAUCUCAAGGAAUCGGACGCCGAGCGCAAUAAACCAGACAGAACCGAUGACGACGUGCCGGAGCCUGUGGAGGCUCGCAUUGAGGAUAUUCUACCAGAACAGGCGAACUUGAAGGAUGAUCUCAUUCAAAGGGGCAGAGAAAUACUCUUUCAGGCUUUCAAUUGGGAGUCACAUAAGCAGCCUUGGUGGAAUCUGCUUAAAGGAAGGGUAGAUGAAAUGGCAGAAUGGGGUUUCACGUCUUUGUGGCUACCUCCUCCCUGGGACUCUCUAGCUCCUCAAGGUUACCUACCUCGAGACUUGUAUUCCUUGAAUACGCCAUAUGGCAAAGAUGGUGAGCUUCGGGAUCUAGUACGUAAGAUAAACGAGAGGGGUAUACGAGCAAUGGCAGACAUUGUAAUCAACCAUCGGAUUGGGAGCUGCCAAGGUUAUGCAGGCCGUUACAACCGCUAUGAUGGGAUGCCCAUGCCGUGGGAUGAACAUGCUGUUACUUGUGAUACAUUUGGCCUGGGUAAUCCAAAAACAGGAGUCAUUUUUGAAGGUGUGCCCAAUCUUGAUCAUACUCAAGAAUUCGUUCGAAAUGACCUCAAAGGCUGGAUGCAUUGGGUGCGCAAUGACCUCGGCUUCAAGGACUUUCGUUUUGAUUUUUCCAAGGGGUAUGCUCCGAGGUUUGUGAGAGAGUUUAUUGACGCUGCCCAGCCAUAUCUUUCGAUUGGAGAGUACUGGGACUCAUGCAGAUAUAGUGGAUCUGAUUGGUCACUUGACUACAACCAAGAUGCUCAUCGGCAGCGAACAGUAAAUUGGAUUGACGGCUGUAUCGGCGCAGCAUGUGCUUUCGAUUUUACCACAAAGGCCAUCCUUCAGGAAGCAGUGGGAAGAAGGCAAUGGUGGAGACUAAGAGAUGGACAAGGUCGACCUCCCGGUGUAAUUGGCAUGUGGCCUUCCCGUGCUGUCACUUUUAUUGACAACCAUGACACUGGAUCCACUCAGGGAUUUUGGCCGUUUCCAUGGGACCACGUUGCACAGGGUUACGCUUAUAUCCUCACACACCCAGGCCAACCCUGUGUGUUUUGGGAUCAUGUGUAUGAUUGGGGAACGCAGUUACGAGAUGAAAUCCUCCGGAUGAUUGCAAUUCGAAAACGGAAUGAUCUUCACAGUCGCUCCCGAGUUGAAAUCCUGGAAGCAAACAAUGAUGUCUAUGCGGCCAUGAUAGACCAAAAAGUUUGCAUGAAGCUUGGCGAUGGAGACUGGUGCCCACGUUUGGGCGACUGGGAGCUUGCUACGUCCGGCAAGUCAUAUGCUAUUUGGCAAAAACCUUAGAAGCUCUUGCUAACUUAAUGGGUACAAGCAGACGCCUUUUGUGCACAUCGUCCUCUGGUGCUGCUUAAGUGGAGGGAUCUAUACCCUUGGUAAAUGUGAGUUCCAUUCGAUUUCUGGAAAUUAGAUACCCUAUAAUUACUUGAGGCCAUGAAUUACAGAUAUUAUGAAUACGUGAACUUUCUCCGAAAUGGGUACCUUCAACUCACGUUCGUCUUGUGAGGAGCGGUUGUACUAGAGUCAUUAAACGGGCUAACUUGCUCAAACUUAGAUUCUCCUAUUUCCAAACGUGCAAGUAAGCAGUACUCUGCAACGUGGCGAUCUAUGUAAGGAUUUCGAAAACUGAAAGAGCCUAUGAGGCUCUGCAUUGAAUUUAUAACAUAUUAUUUGGCCCUCA